AUGCUUACUAACGAUCAAACUUGCACCACUCACCUCAUCAUCAUCAUGAGCGCUAUCAUCUGGACCGGAAACAUCCAACAAAACCCUGUGCAGCCUACGAUUCCUCUGCCCAGUGUCCUAGCUGACUCUGUUAAGGGACACGACCUUUCGGUCUCGUCGGUGAUCAAGAAUAAAUCAGUGUGUGAUUUCGCUGUCGGCUCGGAAAUCACAGGCAAGCUGUUUCUGCCCAGCACCAUUACUGUGGAACAGUGUUUUGAUUUUGUUACUGAGGCCAUGCAGCCUUUCAAGGCUAAGGGUGCUUUCAAGUUUACUACACUUAUCAUCUCGAUAGAAGGCCUUGCCUUCUCAGACGAGGUGGAAGAGAUGGACACGUCGGCAGAUACUGUGAUUGCGCUGUACAAGGCCGCCGCCAAGGCUGCUGCAAAACUGCAGGUUGUGGAGCAUUUUGGCGUGUGUGAGUUUUCUCAGGAUUUGCUCGAAGCCUUACUCAAAAGCAUAGAGCCCGAAUUCAAACCUGUGAUCGACCAUAUCAACGCUGCUGAUUGUUGUGUACUUCCCCCCGGCUUGAUCAAGCUAUCAACUCGCGAAGGCAUUCGUCUGGUGGCUCACCACGACCCUGAAACAUCUCUGAGCGUCAGUGAUCUGGCCAAAGUAGGAUCAGAACUAGGCGUGCAGUUCAAGAGAUGGGACUGGAUUUUGAAACUCACGGCUGUGAUUAAGGAUAGACAGGUGCUACAUGGAAGCGAGUACGUCGUCAAGGCUGUGUAUUAA